AUGGCCGCCUCAACUCUAUCGCACAAUGACUAUACCGUUGUAUGGAUCUGCGCGUUGCCACUGGAAAUGGCCGCCGCAAAAGCAAUGCUGGAUGAAACUCAUGGGAGCCUCUCCCAACGGCCAAGCGAUCACAAUACCUAUACCCUAGGUCGAGCACAUGACCAUAAUGUAGUAAUUGCCUGCUUACCAUCAGGUAUUUAUGGGACUAUAUCGGCAAACUCUGUUUUAGAGCAGAUUUUGGGCACGUUUCAAUCUCUGAGAUUUAGCCUGAUGGUUGGUAUUGGAGGCGGAGUCCCUACCAAGGCUGAUAUCCGACUUGGUGAUGUGGUGGUGAGUAAGCCGACUGAUAAGGGCAGUGGUGUAAUACAAUAUGAUUAUGGAAAAACACUAUCCGAUGGAUGCUUUCAGUGUACUGCAUUUCUUAAUAAACCUCCCCAGAUCUUAUUGACAGCGGUUAGCCAGAUAGAAAGUGAUCGCAUGAUGGGGAGACGACAGAUCAAGCAGAGGAUUUUCGAAGCGCUGGAGAAAAAUGAAGAGAUGAAAAAAGGCUUCUCCCGCCCUGGCAGUGAUCAAAUUUUCCACGCAACAUAUCCCCAUCAAGACAGUCUCCGUGAUUGUUCAACAUGUGAUCCAAAUGAAUUGGUUCCUCGAAAACCGCGAGCGACAGAUGAGCCUUUUCUCCAUUAUGGAUUAAUCGCCUCUGGAAAUCAAGUGAUGAAAGAUGCACAGACCCGAGAUAAGAUUGCUGAAGAGUCAAACAUCCUCUGCUUUGAGAUGGAGGCAGCGGGUCUCAUGGACAGGUUCCCGUGCCUAGUUAUUCGUGGAAUUUGUGACUACUGCGAUAGUCACAAGCAGAAACAAUGGCAGGGCUACGCUGCUUUGGCAGCAGCAGCCUAUGCAAAGCUGUUGCUGUCGAAGGUUCCCAUGGAUACAGCGGGAAAGGGGAGAGCGACAGUUGCGAAGUAUAACGAACAUUAUCACGUUCCUCAUAAUCCUUGUAGCUAUUUCACUGGUCGCGAGCAUAUCUUGACGGAAAUUGAAGCAGCUUUAUUAUUAUCCGAACCUAGAACCACACAAAGAAGAGAGGCAAGUAACUUGACCCGAAGAUACCGAAAAGAAAACUUUCUGAACGCAGCUAGGUUCUGGGGUGUUUUCUGGCUGAAUGCUAGUUCUGUGUCCGCGAUCAGAGACUCAUUCGUCUACAUAGCCCUGAAAGCUGGGUUGAAGCCAUGCAAAGUGGACGGGGUCCGGUAUCCUUCAAAUUCGGUUUCAGGGACACAUUUAUUUCAAACUUGUGAUGAGGAGCCUAUGGGGCAUUCCUCUAAUGAUGCUACCGAAAUGGCCCUGGAAGCGAUGAGCUGGCUUGCCAACCUCUCCGAGAACUGGCUACUAAUCAUUGACAAUGCUGACGAUCCGAAAAUUGAUGUUUGCAAAUACUGUCCCUCAUCAAUAUACGGUAAUAUCUUGAUCACAACCAGAAACAGAGAUUGUAGACGUAUUGCAACAGCAGGGAAUCAGGAGAUAGCAGAAAUGAGCGUAGAAGACGGCAUUACAUUGCUGUUAAAGGUGGCGGACAAAUCGACGUCAGAUCGCGAAUGCCGUUCCCAGGCACAACACAUCGCAGAAAGGCUCGGAUACUUGGCUCUCGCAUUGGUUUUUGCAGGAGCAGCAAUUUCCGAAAAGCAGUGCGAGCUAGGGGAAUACCUCGAUCUUUAUGCCCGAAAUUUUCGGCGCUUGAUGUCCUCCCGCCUCGCUCAAGGAAAUGAUGGUUACCAGUUCUCUGUUUACACUACAUGGGAGAUAUCCCGUCAAACCAUUGCAGACUCAAAGUACGAAGAAUCUGCGCAAGCUCUCGAGAUAUUGGAUAUAUCUGCUUCUCUGCACUUCCCCGAGAUCCCAGAGAUGAUCUUCAACGGGGCACCACCAAGACGAAAAGCUAAGUCUAGACCGGUUUUUGAGCGAGUUGAAUCGUUCUUGUCUUUAUUCAAUAUCUUUCAAAUGGGAGGGUGGCACGCGCCGAUGAUAGAGUCCAAAGAAGGUAACGUUGGUAUACGCCAGGCCCUAGCAUGCCUCAAAAUGUUCCCAUUCGAUGAAGGCUUGCAACGGGACCUAGGCGGUACGCGUAAAGCACUUGUGUUACUGAAUAAACUUUCCCUUAUUAAUUUUAAUGUUGAAACCAAGAGCUUCUCAAUGCAUCGCCUAGUCCACGAAUGGACAAAAGAUAACCUCGAUGACGAGAAUCGCCAAUGGAGCCGAUGGGCGGCCUGUACCGGCCUCGUGUACGCAGCCACUAUGAGUUCAGAAGGUAGACGAGAAGUCGCCACGGGGGACAGCCGAAGAUGUCUAGCAUCCAAUCUUAGUUUUUUUCUAAGCAGUGGACAAUCUGAGCUUCCAGUAGAUAGGUAUCUGAAUGCAGCCCAGUCUCGUGUUGCCUCGAGAUUGGCGAUGAUUUUCUCAGCCGAUGGCAAGUAUGGAGAAGCUGAGGAGCUCUACCGAGAAUCCUUAGUCGGGAUGGAAAAUUCCUUGUCAAAAACCCAUCCAGACACCCUCGUUGUCAUUGAUCGUCUUGCAAUUGUACUAGAAAAGCAGUGCCAAUACGAUGAAGCUGCUGUGAUGAACAGGAGAGCAAUUGAUGGCAGGACGAAGUUACUGGGGGAGCGAAAUCCUCUGACUUUGGAGAGUAUUAAUAAUUUGGCGGUCACUUUAGAGGGUCAGGGGGACUACUCAGAAGCCGAAAAGCUUAACCGCAUGGUUCUCCAAAUGAGGGAGGAGGUGUGCGGAAUCGAAAUGGAAUCCACCAUACAGAGUGUGAAUAACCUUGCGUCUAACUUAAGACGCCGCUCCAGCUACGCGGAGGCAACAGAGUUGUUUACUCGAGCAUAUGAAUAUAGAGAGAGGAACAUGGGCGGGUACCAUCCAGACACGAUGCAAAGUCUUAGUAAUCUGGCUCUAUCGUUAGACAGCCAGGGUCUAUACGACGCUGCCGCAGAGAAGAGCCAAGAGGCUUUGAUAAGGCGGACAAUUGUACUGGGGAAGUCUCAUCCGGAUACGUUGAUUAAUAUGAGCCACCUAGCUUUGAUAUUGCUUAAGCAAGGCGAUAUCGACAACGCCGAGAAAUUGAACCAAGAGGCCUUACGCAGAAUUGAAGGGCGACUCGGCCCAUCAAAUUUGGACACUCUCACAGUAGUAAGCACGCUCGCUGGGAUAUCGCAGGCGCGCGAGGACUAUCAAAAUGCCGAAAGACUAUACCAUCGAUCACUCGUUGGGUUUAGGCUCCAACUUCCCCCCAAUCAUCCUCACAUUUUGCGCACUUUGAUAAAUCUGGCUGUUGUAGUGCGGAGACAAACGCGAUAUGGUGAGGCAGAGAUACUGCUCCGCGAGGCGAUGACAGGUUUCAAAGCACAGUUUGGGAUGAAUCAUCAGGACACACUGAUUUGUCUAACGAACCUAGCAAUCAUGCUGGAAAAUCAGGGAAAGCUAGCUGAGGCUGAAAGUACGAACAGGGAAGCUUUGUGGGGCUUUGAGCAAUUCAUGGGUAAAGACCACCCGGAUACCUUGCAAUGUCUACACAACCUUGCUGGGCUAUUGCAGGUACAGGGGAAAUAUGACGAGGCAGAGGGCGUAAGCCGAAGAGUAGUGGAGGGACGUAAGGCUCGUCUAGGCCCAGAUAAGCCAAAGACCCUCCAGAGCAUCGCCAAAUUGGCACAUUUGCUCCAUUGUCAACGCCGUUAUCCUGAAGCCUCAGAGUUAUACGAGAAGGCGUGUGCGGGAUUCAAGGCGGCUGGCAUUGAUAGCAAAGCAUCGCGAACGUGCUCCCAACGAUUCAGCGCCAUGCAAGAGGAGAUAAAAUCCGUCGAAUCGACUUUCGCAGAGGGAGGAAUGCACAGUUUGGACAGGAUCGGCAAGAUUGGCAAAAAGCAGAAAAUCGUAUCUCAAGGGCAAGAGACGGCACCAAACAUGGGAAUUAAACGCCGAAGAGCCACAUUCGACGCCAGCGUUUUUGAAGAUGGCAAGCUAGGUGAGAAACGUCUCAAAUUGACCGCAGAUACAGGACAGCCCGAAUAG